AUGAUCUCCACUACUACUAUUACUACGCCGAGAAGGCCUUUUCGCACACUCUUCAGUCUACUACUUCCUAUUGCGAUUCUCUUCACCCUGAGCUCCAGAACUGUGAUCCGUCUGAGCUUCAGUUAUCUUCAGCUGGAUAAUUACAUUUCGCCGGAAUCAUCAUUGAAGGAAUCGAAUUCAACGCUGCUUCAAUUUGCAGCAAUUGAUUUUAAUGAGGCAAGAGAUAAGAAAGAUAUCAAACAGUUGCUCGAAGGGAACUUUGGCAGCUUGGGGCGAUACCCUUUUUUCUCAUCGUCGCAGCAUUCCAAUCACCUUACUAGCCUUCGCUCUCCGGAUUCCUACAGAAUUUUGUUUGAGUUCCAAAAAUCCCUCCGCAAUUGGUCACAGAAAAAAUGGUUUCAACCAGAAAUCCUGUGUGAUUUGAUCGACCUUGUCAAACAUCCUAUCGAUCGGCACUAUGGACUGCCCAACUCCAACGGCAGAUAUCCUUCUUGUGCAGUUGUGGGGAACAGUGGGAUUUUGCUUAAGACAGAGUUUGGAGAACUGAUCGACAACCACGAUAUUGUGAUCCGAUUAAACAAUGCCAGAACAGAAGGGUUUCAACGAAAUGUUGGAUCCAAAACCAAUAUUUCCUUUGUGAACAGUAAUAUCCUUCAUCAAUGUGCAGCAAGAGGAGGCUGCUUCUGCCAUCCCUAUGGGGGAAAGGUCCCAAUGGUUAUGUACAUUUGCCAACCUAAGCAUUUUAUCGAUUAUGUAAUCUGCAAUUCUUCUCACAAGGCUCCUCUGUUAAUUACAGAUUCCCGAUUCGAUAUCUUGUGUGCUCGGAUUGUGAAGUAUUACUCUGCAAAACGUUUUGUAGAGGAGACAGGGAAGUCUCUGGACGAAUGGGCAAUUGUUCAUGAUGCUGAACAGUUCCAUUAUUCUUCUGGUAUGCAAGCUAUCAUGUUAGCGUUGGGAACUUGUGACAGAGUUAGUAUCUUUGGGUUUGGAAAGUCAACACAAGCGAAGCACCAUUAUCAUACAAAUCAGAAGACCGAACUUCAUUUACAUGAUUACGAAGCAGAAUACGCCUUUUAUCAUGACUUGGUUGAGAACCCGCAGGUAAUACCGUUCCUUUCAGGCAAAUUGAAAGUUCCUCCUGUGGUCAUAUACAAUUAA